UUGUGAUUGAAUUUUAAUUUUGGUUCUCUCCUUAUCACCCCCUCACCUCGUCAAGCCUUUUCCACAUACACCAAACGAGAGUAUCGCUUCUUCUCUCGUUCUCUCUCACUCGCUUUCUUCUCUCCCUUUCUCGGGGAAACCCUAACCCUAAAGAUUCAUCAUGAAAGGAACAAGAUCGAAGCCGGAUUCCAGGAAAGCUGACAACAAGUUGUCUGUGAAGAGGAAAGCUGCCGCUAGUGAUAGAGGAGCUGGGAAAAAAACAACCAAGAAGGAGAAGGCAGUAAAGGAUCCUAACAAGCCAAAAAGGCCUGCAAGUGCCUUUUUUGUGUUCAUGGAAGAGUUCAGGAAGUCGUACAAGGAGAAACACCCUAACAACAAAUCCGUCUCUGUUGUCGGCAAAGCUGGUGGUGAUAAAUGGAAGUCGUUGUCAGAAGCUGAAAAAGCUCCUUAUGUGGCCAAAGCCGAGAAAAGGAAGAACGAAUAUAACAAGAACAUGCAAGCCUACAACAAGAAACAGGCGGAAGGAGCAAAUGCCGCCGAUGACGAUGUGGAAUCUGAUAAAUCCAAAUCUGAAGUGAACGAUGACGACGACGAGGAUGAUGAGAGUGGAGAGGAAGACGAAGAUGAUGAGUAGAUUUGAAUAGGCGACUCGAAGUCUGGAAGAUGGGAAAAUGGAACUUUUUUAGUUGUGUAGGGCCGUUCUAGAAUUAUCUUCCAUUUCUUGUUGACUUUCUCUUCUGUGGGAAAUAGAUUGUCCCCCUUUUUUUUGUUUAACUUUUGGAUUAUCAAGAAAGAAAAAGCCAUGCUUACGAUCAACCUCUGUACUUAAAUUUUCAUGUUCUAAUGAUUUCAGUUUAGGGCCCUAA